AUGGCAACAGCAGCAACGAUGAACUCCCAGCAGGCCUUCGCGCCGGUGCUAUCCGCACUCGCCACCAUGUCCUCCACCGCCGACCGCAACUCAAAAGGGCAGGCACACGAGUACCUCGAACGCUUCCAAAAGUCCGAGGAAGCAUGGAACAGCACAUUCGCCAUCCUGCAGUCACCCCAGGCGACUGACGAGGCCAAGCUGUUCGCGGCCACGACGUUGAAGGGCAAGAUCAUAUUCGACUUUCAUCAAUUACCGCGCGAGGCAUUACCACAAUUGAGGGAUACCAUGCUCUCACUCCUAGCCACAUACGCGAAGGGACCAAAGCCUGUGCGGACACAGCUCUCCGUCUCGCUUGCGAAUCUGGCUAUACAGAUGUUGGAAUGGAAGGAUGUGCUUCAGACGGUCGUCAGUCGACUUGGAAACGAUGCUUCGAGUAUAGCCUGUGUGCUCGAAUUCCUGCAUGUGCUGCCGGAGGAGGUGACAGAGGGGCGAAAGAUCAACCUGACCGAGGACGAGCUGCGUGAUCGCACAGGAGAGCUGCUGGAGCAGAAUGCGGAACAGGUCAUACAGCUGCUUACGCAGUAUGCCCAGUCGUCGCCCGCGGCUGCGAAGAACCCGCAACUCAUGGAGUGCAUCACGAGCUGGAUUCGAGAGGUGCCACUGGUUGCGAUUGUGCAGUCGCCGUUGAUGGAUGUGGUUAUGGGCGCAUUGCAGUCGGAUACGAGCUUCGAUUCCGCGGUGGAAUGCAUGUGCGCCAUCUUCAAAGAGACGAGAGACGUGGAUGAGAAUGUUGAGACGAUCAAGGCAUUAUACCCACGGCUGGCUUCAUUACGACCCAGGAUAUCACAAUCAGCGGGUCAGGAGGAUUGGGAGACUUUCAAGGGUGUGACGAGAGUUUUCGCGGAAGCUGGCGAGGCAUGGUGUGUACUCGUCGCACGCCAGGCGCAACAGUUUCGGGCCUUGGUUGAGUCUGUACUGGAGUGCUGCAUGCGCGACAAUGAGCGUGAGGCACUGAGUCAGACGUUCAACUUUUGGUACGAGCUGAAGCAAUACAUCACACUGGAUCGAUAUAUGCAGGCCAGGAUACAAUUCGUGGAUGUCUACUCAAAACUGGUGGAUAUCAUGAUUGGCCAUCUACAGUAUCCGACACUUGAGGCCGGCAGUACUUCGACAGAUUUGUUCGAGGGCGACCGAGAAGCAGAAGAUAAGUUCCGAGAGUUCAGACAUCAGAUGGGUGACGUGCUAAAGGAUUGCUGCCAAGUGAUCGGCGUGUCGGACUGUCUACAAAAGAGCCACGUCUUGAUCGAGCAGUGGGUAUCCCAGUAUGGCGCACAGGCACAGCAAGGUCAAGUGCCGCAUUGGCAGCAGCUUGAAGCACCACUCUUCUCGAUGCGUGCGAUGGGUCGCAUGGUACCAAAGGAUGAGAAUAUCAUGCUACCCCGUCUCAUUCCACUCAUCGUCCAAAUACCAGACCAGGAGAAGGUGCGUUUUCAGGCCGUCAUGGCACUUGGACGAUAUACGGAGUGGACCGCGGAGCACCCAGAAACUCUUCAAGAUCAGCUCAACUUCAUCAUGGCUGCUUUCCAACAUCCUUCGAAAGAAGUGGUCAAGGCCGCGGCUCUGAGCUUCCGGUUCUUCUGUUCCGAUUGUGCAGAACUGCUCAAGGGAUUCAUGACGCAGCUGCAGGUCUUCUACGAGCAAGUCAUUGGCACAUUACCCAGCUCCAGCCAGGAAGAGGUCACAGAAGGCAUUGCAGCAGUACUGGCCAAGCAACCACUUGACACAGUAUACGCGUCGAUGAAAGCCAGUCUAGAUCCCGUAGUCAAGCGCUUGAUGACUAUGGCAGAUACGGCGACAGAGAAAGAACAAAAGCUCGCUAUAGCCGACCAUCUUAAUCUCAUAACUAUCGUCAUCCAGGAAGUGCGGCCAUACGUCGAGCCUUCAGCACCUUCACACCCGUGCGUGGAAUACUGCAAGGAGAUCUUCCCCAUACUAUCAGCAAUCUGCGAGAACUUCGUCACCUUCACACCCAUCGCAGAACGCAUUUGCAGAUGCUGGCGCCACAUGGUACUCUCCUACCGUUUGCACAUUGCACCUCUACUACCUCAGCUGGCCGAAAAGCUCGCUGCAGGUUUCGAGGGCAGCAGACAGGGCUGUUUCCUCUGGGCUACCGACAGCAUCGUCCGCGAAUUCAGCGACAGCAGCCAAUACAUCCCCGCGAGCACGGUAGCCGCCAUCUACACCUUCUACGAACAACAAGCCACCACCUUCCUCCGUACCCUCAACGACCUCGCUCCCGAAGAACUCCCCGAUGUAAUCGAAGACUUCUUCCGCAUGACCGCUGACGUCCUCCUCUACCACCCCAACAGCCUCCUCACCUCCCCCCUUAUCCCAUCCAUCCUCGCCGCCGCCUCAACAUCCCUUACCCUGUUGAAAGAGGAACCCCUAAUAGCCACCCUCCACUUCCUCCGCGACGUCCUCGCCUACGGACACCCGGACGUCCCAUCCUCGCAAUUCAACGACCAAGACGGAAGCUACACCAACCGCACCAACCCCGCCGCCACCCAACAAGCUGUCAAACAACUAAUCCUCGCCUCCGGCGAAGGUCUCACCCAGCGCUGUCUGACGGGGAUGAUGUACACCUUCCCCGCCGACUGCUUCCCGGAUGCCUCGGGGGUACUCCUGGCAUUAUUCCAGCUCGUGCCGCAGCCUACGGCCGAGUGGACGGCCAAGACGGUUGGGUUGUUGCCGCCGGGUUCGAUCGCGCCGCAGGAACGGGAAAGGCUUUUGAGGAAUAUUCGCCAGAGAUUGGAAGGUGGGGAGGCCGGGGGGGAGAGGAAGAUUCGGGUGUUGUUACAGGAUUUCACUAAUGGGUAUAGGCGGAGGAAUGUGGCGCCUAGGGAGGGGUUGGGAAGAUUGGAGGCGACGAGGUUUAGGUUUGCGGGAUGA